CCUCAUAAUAACAGCUCGUUGGAUUUAUAAAAGACAGUAUAAUGUCUGGAUCGUAUGAUAGAGCUAUAACUGUUUUCUCCCCGGAUGGGCAUCUAUUCCAAGUGGAAUACGCACAGGAAGCGGUCAAAAAAGGCUCCACGGCGGUUGGGGUCCGUGGUAAUAAUAUCGUGGUGCUUGGAGUUGAGCGCAAAGCAGUCGCGAAAUUACAAGAGCCAAGAACUGUGAGAAAAAUUUGUACACUGGACGAUCAUGUUUUAAUGGCUUUUGCAGGUCUUACUGCGGACGCAAGAAUUUUAGUGAACAAAGCAAGGGUUGAAUGUCAAAGUCACAAACUGACAGUUGAAGACCCAGUUACUCUGGAAUACAUAACGAGAUUUAUCGCUACUCUUAAACAGCGUUACACCCAAAGUAAUGGGAGAAGGCCUUUUGGUAUCUCAACUCUUAUUGUUGGCUUCGACUUUGAUGGUACCCCUCGGCUAUACCAGACAGAUCCAUCUGGGACUUAUCAUGCAUGGAAGGCUAACGCAAUUGGAAGGAGUGCAAAGACAGUGCGAGAAUUCUUAGAGAAACACUACUCAGAUGAGGUGGCGGAUUCUGAUGAAUCAACAGUUAAGCUUGCUAUCAGAGCACUACUAGAGGUUGUUCAGUCUGGGGGGAAAAACAUUGAGCUUGCUGUGAUGAAGAAAGGAGAACCCAUGAGGAUACUGAAGCCAGACGAAGUGGAUAAAUUUGUAGCAAUCAUAGAAAAGGACAAGGAGGAGGAAGCUGAGAAAAAGAAGAGAGAAAAAGCUACGGGCUCCGCCAAAUAGUCUACAAAACCCUCCCCACGGUCAUUAGCAAUGCACCACUUCAUUUCAUGAUAAAAUCGGAAAAACUGCUUUACAAUUCCAGUCUUUAAUCAGCUUAUGGUUGAUACACAAGAAUGCUAUUAGAUUAGGAAAGCCUUUCCUUGUUUUAUUUUGAUCUUUCCUCUUGCUGGAUGUCAUCCCAUUCUAUUGACAAACCCGUGAGACCAUUACCAUGCCAAAUACCAGUCGAGUGCCAUACCAACAAACAGCCAUGAGUGUUUUUUGUAUAAUAAACAUAUCUUUGACAA